AUGUAUCUAUCUAUCUAUCUAUCUAUCUAUCUAUCUAUCUAUCUAUCUAUCAAGCGUACCAGAAUACAAAAGCCGGGUAUAAAUUACCUAGCUAUCUAUCUUUCUCAGUCUAUUCAUCUUAUUAAUUAUCUAUCUAUCUAUCUAUCUAUCUAUCUAUCUAUCUAUUUAUCUAUCUAUCUAUCUAUAUAUAUAUAUAUAUAUUAUCUAUCUAUCUAUCUAUCUAUCUAUCUUGGAGAAAGUGAAGAAAGAUAUGCUGGAAGGGCCAAGUCUGUCGCUGAUCGAAGGCCCAGCCCUCCGAAACUCAAAGGGAGAUUUACCUGCCUCCAACCUGUGUCGUCGAAAUUAACGUUGCAAAUUAACUCCGCGCAUCUCUUAAUUGUGAUAUCUAUCUCAUUUAAGAAAUCCUUUACUCCUCAGAAUUUAAAUCUCUUGCUAAAUAUUUUCAAGUUGUUUUCAAUUACAUAUCUAUUCAAUUAUAUAUCUAUCCAGUUUCCUUUUAUUUGUAUUAAUUCGUCAAUGUUCCUUCGCUUGUUUCUUUUUCUUUUUUUCUUUUUAAUUUUCUUGCCUUUCGCCUUCCGUUUAUUUUCGUUUUGGAAUCUUAUUCGUCCAUUUUUUUUACUGCCUUUCUUUGUCUUUUAUUUCCUUUUUCCUUUUUCUACUAUUCUUGUCUUUUCUUCCAUUUUCGCUUCUUAUUUCCCUUAUAAUUGUCUUAUUCUCUUUUGUUUAGUCCUAAACCUCCUUCAUCCCAUCUUUUUCUUUUCACAUUUUCCUGCUUCUUCUUCUCCCCCUCCUUCUUAUUCUUAUGAACAAUAUAAGUCUUUUUUUGUUUCUCCUCUUUUCUUUUUCAACUUCCUUCUCCUCCCAUUUUUGUUCUUAAUUUCUUAUUCAUUUGUUUAUUUACGUCUUUCUUCAACAUUCCUUCAUCAUCUCCUUACUUUCGUCUUUUCAUUCUUGUUUUCUUUUCCUUCGCAAUCCUAUAACGCCUUCUUCCUCUAUUUUCAUCGGGUCUCUUUUCUCCCAAAUCAUCUUCCUAUUUUCAUGUUUCCUUCUUGCUUUCUUUUAAAAUUCUCUUCUUUCUCAUAA